AAUUUGAAUAAAGCCAACACCUUAAGAACCAUUUUCAGGUACAGCAUACUGAAUGACUGCUGCUCAGUGUAUAACAGAUAUCAACCUUAACGGCGCAACAUGCAGUUCCACAACUGGUUGCUGCUCCCAAGUUCCACCUGUUUCACAGUAAAGAAGAGGACUGGUUGGAAUAUCACACCCAGCUACAAGUACACUUCACAGCAUUCAACACUAAAGGAAUGGUGUGCAUUCCUUUCUUUUUGUCAACAGUAGGAGUGGACGUAUACAGACUGUGUCUCAAGUUGUUCUCCCACUCUCAUCCAGAAGAUAUUGCAUAUCAGGAACUCAUUCACAAAAUUGACAAAUAUUAUGAAGCACAAAUUCAUGGUGCUGCAGUGGGAUUUAAAUUUUUCCUUCUUAAGAAGCACCCUGAACAUUCAUGGAAACAGUGGACUGCUGAACUUAAACGGCUGGUGACUUGUAGGUUCAAGUGUUCUUGUGGACUCAGUUACAGUGAUGUUGUGUUACAUGAUGCAUUCACACAAAAUGUGUCAAUCACAAGCAUCUGUAGUGCUAUCCUAAAGUUACCAGAUCUGGGUCUCAAAACAGUUUUAUCAACUUUAGAGUCUCAAAGUAUUAUGGGCACAUCUAAAGUUGAUUUUGAGGCUCCAUUUAUUUCUCUUGUUCAUAGUGCACAAGGCACUCAGUGUCCAACCCAUGGUAAUGUUAAGGUGAAUAAAAGUAGGGCUCAGACUAAUAGUAAAAGUAAAGGAAAGACUUUUUGGUCAUGUGGUACACAAGGUGUACUUCUGAUUAAGAUGAGGAAGUCUAUUCGUCAGUGUUUUGCAAAUAAUGGUAGAAAAGUGUGUCCUUGGGACAAUGCAAAAUGUAUCACGUGUGCUAAGUAAGGUCUAUCCAGCCGCCAGGGCAGGCACCGGUCUCAUGCUCAGCUACAGUGUUGCUAUCAGGAAGUGAACAUUAUUUCAGCACUGCCAUUAAUUCUGGUGCCAACAUCGGCUCACUUUUCCACUUCAUGGAAACCUUCUGCUGUUGUCCACAAACAGAAGAACAAACUUCUUGCUCAAUUAAGAGUGGCUCAAAAAGCAAUUAAAUUUCAAUUA